AGCCACACGGGUUUGUUUAAGACCGCGCCUUCAAAACUUGCCGAACGAGUCCCUUAUAUCGUAGUCCCGUAGUCUGAUGGUCCCGAGGAACUAAGGUGGAGCAGCAGGGCAGGCUACAGUCCCGUUUUCAAGUGCAUAACUUGACAUUUCCCCUUGUUAAGACUACUAGGGUACCUUCCCUCAAGCGACUACAGUAAGCCGAAGAUCUGUGAUACCAGACGGCGUCAACAUGGCAAGCAAAGACACAGAGCUAUAGUCUGGGUUGUGUCUUACUGCUGCAGGGGUGAAAAUGGCCAAUGGGACUGACGAGUUAAUAUGGAUCACCCCGCAUAUAUGUAUAAAGAAGACAGUCGCGGAGAAGACCGCAGUCCAGGGCCAGAAGACGGGUGGUGACAAGACUAAAGAUGCAGGGCGAAGGAAUGUCUCUUCCUCAAAGGUGCAAUCACUUCACAACUUACGAAAUCAGACAGAAAGGACGUUCAGACGCAAAAACCUUACUAAUAGUGCCGGGAAAGGUAUAGAGGAGGAGGAGGACCGCAUAGGCAAGCUUCUAGGUCGGCUAGAUAGAACUUUGGACGGGCUUAAGGCCACGAAUGUAGUAACCGGAGUUGUAGACAAAAAGGGGGUGCAAGCUGGCUCCUUUGGGACAACGCAAAAACAAACUGAGCAGACCAGUUCAGCAAAUACAGGGAAAGGUGGACUGGAGAGUGCACUCGCAGGCGUGCUGCAUGGACCAACAAUUAAGGGUGACAAGGCCUCGAAAGAAAAAGCUCCCAUCGUCGGUCCUGGCGGAAUUCCUUCAGAAGAAGUGAGGUGGGGCUCCGAGUAUGUCACCAUGAAACAAGGUGAUGCGACAAUGCAGUCAGCCGCUCCAACACAAGCAGCAGCCACCAUCAAAUCAGCAGAUACCACACAAUCUGCACCGCCUCCAGGUCCUGGGCUGUCAGCUGCGCUGGAAGGCAUGUUACAUGGUCCAACUAUUAAAGGUGACAAGGCUUCCAAAGAAAAGGCCCCAAUUGUAGGUCCAGGUGGCAUCCCUAAGGAAGAAGUGAGAUGGGGCUCCGAGUAUGUCACCAUGAAACAAGGUGAUGCGACAAUGCAAUCUGCAGCUCCAACCCAGGCAGCAGCCACCAUCAAAUCAGCGGAUACCACACAAUCUGCACCGCCUCCAGGUCCUGGGCUGUCCGCUGCGCUGGAAGGCAUGUUACAUGGUCCAACUAUUAAAGGUGACAAGGCUUCCAAAGAAAAGGCCCCAAUUGUAGGUCCAGGUGGCAUCCCUAAGGAAGAAGUGAGAUGGGGCUCCGAGUAUGUCACCAUGAAACAAGGGGAUGCGACAAUGCAAUCUGCAGCUCCAACCCAGGCAGCAGCCACCAUCAAAUCAGCGGAUACCACACAAUCUGCACCGCCACCGGGUCCUGGGCUGUCAGCUGCCUUAGAGGGCAUGUUACAUGGUCCAACAAUCAAGGGCGAUAAGGCCUCGAAAGAAAAGGCCCCCAUCGUAGGUCCUGGUGGCAUCCCCAAGGAAGAAGUCAGGUGGGGCUCAGAGUACGUAACAGACAAACAAGGUGCUGCGACAAUGCAGUCAGCAGCUCCAACCCAGGCAGCCACCAUCAAAUCAGCAGACACCACACAAUCUGCACCGCCUCCUGGUCCUGGGCUGUCAGCAGCGCUGGAGGGUAUGCUGCAUGGACCAACCAUUAAAGGUGACAAGGCUUCCAAAGAAAAAGCUCCCAUCGUUGGUCCAGGUGGCAUUCCAAAAGAAGAAGUCAGGUGGGGCUCUGAGUACGUGACAGACAAGCAAGGUGCUGCGACAAUGCAGUCUGCAGCACCGACACAAGCAGCAGCCACCAUCAAAUCAGCAGAUACCACACAAUCUGCACCGCCUCCAGGUCCUGGGCUGUCAGCUGCACUGGAAGGCAUGUUACAUGGUCCAACUAUCAAGGGCGACAAGUCCUCGAAAGAAAAAGCCCCCAUCGUUGGACCGGGUGGCAUCCCUAAGGAAGAAGUCAGAUGGGGUUCUGAGUAUGUCACCGACAAGCAAGGUGCCGCCAAGAUGCAGUCAGCCGCUCCAACGCAAGCAGCCACCAUCAAGUCAGCAGAUACCACACAAUCUGCACCUCCACCGGGUCCUGGGCUGUCAGCUGCGCUGGAAGGCAUGCUGCAUGGUCCAACUAUCAAAGGUGACAAGGCGUCGAAAGAAAAAGCUCCCAUCGUUGGUCCAGGUGGCAUUCCAAAAGAAGAAGUCAGGUGGGGCUCAGAGUAUGUCACCGACAAGCAAGGUGCCGCAACAAUGCAGUCUGCAGCUCCAACCCAAGCAGCAGCCACCAUCAAAUCAGCAGAUACCACACAAUCUGCACCUCCACCAGGUCCUGGGCUGUCAACUGCGUUAGAGGGCAUGCUGCAUGGUCCAACUAUCAAAGACAAGAAUGAGAAGAAAAAGAAAGCACCAGUCGUCGGUCCUGAUAGUAUUCCAACCGAAGAAGUCAGAUGGGGGGCGGAAUAUUCUGAAAAAGGAGCUAAAGGGUCAGAGAAGAGCAAAAAGUCUGGGGGAAGAAAGGGAUCGGGCAAAAAGAAAGGGAAGAAGUGAAACUUCGUACAAAUAACCAACAGCUCUACACCAGGCGCCAGGCUUCAGCUAGCAGUGCAGUAAAACAGACACUCGUUUUCAAUCACCUAGAACGAUUAGAGACCUUCAAUAUUAUGGAAUUAUUGACGUGCCUGAUGCAGAUAGUGACAUGUUAUUCCUUUGGUAGCAAGGUCAUCUUAUUAACACCGAUAAACAAGAAAUAUAAUGUUGCAGAAAGGAAAUAUUGACAGGAAGUAGAAUGGUGAAAGAGAUGGAGGAUUCUUGGAUUACUAGUAUAAAGAAGACAUUCCAAUGACGAGGUCUGCAUGUGCCUUGGUAUACAUUAAAUUUUGCAUUUUAUUACGUGCUAGUUCUAACAGCAAUACUAAAGUUAGCAGUAUAUGCGCUGGUAUGAUUUGUACAGUCCUGUAUCAUUGGCACAUAAACGUAUGUCAGAAAUUGCAGCUAGUAACAAUUUUGUAUAUUGUAUAUUAAUCAUUCGGUGAAAAUGGAGAUGUAUGGAGGGUAUGAGCAAAGUUCAUCAAUGUUUAAACACAAAGAGCCAUAUGGCCAAUGCAGUAGAUCUACCAAUCAGUACCAUCAGCUGGUCAUACCGCAUUUCAAAGUUUAUAUUCUUGGAGCUUGAUGCAAGUACAUUUAUUGCUGUCAUAGUGGCACAUAUAGUGACGUUUGAAAAUGGUACAAACAGUAUAAUUUGCAUUUUUGGGUCACUGGGACUGCGCCCAGCAACGUUAAUUGCUGACGUUCAUUAGAAAUGGUGACAGGAAUAAAUGACAAAAAUCA